AUGCCGGCAACCACCCCAACCACGAACGAGACUGGCAACAUGACCGUGUCAGUACUCCGAGAGUUCUCUGUCCGUACCGAUGAAGCGCAAAAACUAAUCGAUACGGUCUGGGCAAUAUACAGAGACUCUAUCACCACCCUCUUGAACCGCUACACCAUAGCGAAGCAGGAGGGCCGACUGGACGACGCGAUCGCGCACGGACAAGCCGCCCUCGACAUUAUGGUCGACUGGCGAGGAACAGCCUGGGACCAGGCGAAGAAGCAGAUACAGAACGACAUCGACGAGAUGAAGACGAUGCAAAUCGAUCGGAUCGUCGAGGUUACCGACAAGGACAAGACCGAGGUCAAGACCGAGGAAGAGGGUGACGGAUGGACCGUAGCGCAGAAGAAGAAGAAAGGGAAGCAGGUGCCCCGUCGCAAAGACCGCGACGAGGUCAGCUCGACGAGAGCGAAUGACGGGCAUGACGACAAGCCGUUCCCCGCAUCCGAGUCCGGAUGGCCCGCAUCCGCCGAUGAACCAAUGCCAUGGGAUACGUGCACACCGCUCGGUUGGUCGCCAUUCCGCGAUGAAGAAGAGGCGAAGAAGUACGGCGCGACAACGCAGAAGGUCGCCGGUGUCACCUAUGUGACCUACACCGACGACGCGGUGAAGAAGCUCGACGCCGACAACUGGCCCAAGCCCGAACCGUACCCCAGCGUCAACUGGGAUGAAAAGUUCCCGGCGUAUAUCCAUGCGCCCUGGGAAGGGGUCAGGCCCAACGACCCCGAAGCCGACAAGUACUGGGACCUCAUCGCCACCGACCACGAGGGGAACAUCAUCGACUACAACGCCACGCGACUGAGGGAGUUGCAGGAGAUGAAGAACCCUGACAAGAAGGAGCUGUGGGAGAAGAGGGUGCUCCGCGUUGCGAGCGACCAGUACUGGAUCAGGAGGGCAGACAAGGCGGCGGAAGGGAACGCGUCGAUGGUAAAAAGGUGUUGGCUCUGCGACAGGUACCAUGACCUCGGCACGUGCAUGAGGAAGAGGCACCCGAUCGUAGGCGCACACGUCGACAGCGACGAGUACGUCCGGAAUCGUGUCAAGGGCACGAUAGCUAACGAGCUGAGGAAGAUGCAUGGCAAGAGUGGCCAAAACAUAGAGAGAUGGAGGAUCGAGUGGGCAGAAAUGCUCAACUAUGUCGAUCAGUAUGGGCGCGCUUGA